AUGCCAUUUGAGCUACCUCUCUUUGUCUUCACCCUACUUCUCCACACCCCACCACACCUCCUCACCCCUACCAACCCUCCAAAGCCCUACAAUCCCCUCAUCACCCCUGCCAUCCCCUCAUCACCCCUGCCAUUCCCUCGUCACCCCUGCCAGGCCCUCAUCACCCCAACCAUCCCUCAUCACCCCAACCAUCCCUCAUCACACCUGCCAUCCCCUCGUCACCCCUGCCAUCCCCUCGUCAACCCUGCCAUCCCCUCAUCUCCCCAACCAUUCCUCAUCACCCCAACCAUCCCUCAUCACCCCUGCCAUCCCCUCAUCUCCCCAACCAUCCCUCAUCACCCAAACCAUCCCUCAUCACCCCAACCACCCCUCAUCACCUCUGCCAUCCCCUCGUCACCCCUGCCAGGCCCUCAUCACCCCUACCAUCCCCUCGUCACCCCUUGUCACCCCAAACACCCCGUCAUCACCCCUACAAUCCCCUCAUCAUCGCUACCAUCCCUCGUCACCCCUAACACCCCCUCAUCACCCAACACCAACCCUACCAUCCCACCCCCAACCCACAUGUUCAAACUAUGCAUUACAGUCACGUUCGUCUCGCGCCACUUUGACCCCCACGUCUGGCGGUCUCAGUUCCCCAGCGGUGACAUGUCGUCAUAA